AUGAAGUUCUUCAGCGUUGUUUGCACCUUUGCGCUCUCGGCUCCUACCGUCUACGGAGCCUGGUGUACGUCUUACGGCAUUUCGACACGGUUUGGAUGCGAGAGCGGAAGAAACCAAUUCUGUUGCGAUGUACCCGGCGCUCCUGUAAGCGAUUACAACAUUCACCGUGGUGACUGUACUCGUCCCGCUGGGAACAAGCGUAACUGUGGUGACGGUGGUUAUGUUUCCUGCUGCCGCUGA